UUGUCGAGGAUCAGUCUUUGGCUGACAUCGUAUCCUCUUGUACCGGUAAACGACAGGUUAGCAGCCCUCCACCACUAUUCAUUCAGAAUUUUUCUCAUACUCUGCUACAGGCCAGCCUCUUCAGCAGAUCAUGAUGGAGCAUAUCACGAUUUUCUGGAAGAAGUGGAACGAAUCUGUGGAAAAGCCCCAAAUCCUCGUCCUUCUGGACACAUGAAUGCCAAACUGGGACGUGACGUAGGGAACGAAAAUAUCAUCGGCACAUCAAAUAAUUAUGGACGUUUAUUGACCGAAAUGAUCACCAGACUAGGAAUGAGAGCAUGGAAUACUUUUUUCCUAAAAAGAAAAGGUCGUUUGGGAACUUGGCGGGGACCCAAUGGGGUGGUGUGCAAUCAGAUUGACGUCGUAUGCUCUCCUCCGACUACAACCGUUCUCGACUGUGGAAUCGUGAACAACUUCCUGUUCGAUACUGAUCAUCAAAUGCCCUCGACGGGCCGCAUCGCCUAUUCUACAACAUGCAAAACGGCUAGGAUUGCUUUACUUGAGGAUAUGCGUGGGAGAAAGAUCACAAUAGUGCAAAAAGCAAUCGAGAAGGGCGGAAGACUAAUCGAAACGCAACGAGUAGGAUUCCUCAGGGGAAGAAAAUCAGUGUCGAAAGACCCGACUAGUGGAGCGUAUUCGAAAAGAGCAACAGAAACUGCAAUGACCUCUUACAACGAUGAACUAUAUGAGUCAAUUCAUCCAGACCGUAUUGCUUCGGAACAGCCGACUCUUGCAAAGUGGACAAUACCUCCCAUGCUUACCGCACCGUUGAACGGUGAACUGAUCCCGAAAGAUUUGACGACCGCCCAUGGAAAACUGUUAUUCAAGAAAGGGGAUUCUAAUGAUAUGAACAGCUUUCGACCAAUGUCUCUUAUAUCAGGAGUUCUAGAAGCUACCACAAGAGCUCUCCUGGACGACAAAAAGAAAGCUAGAGGAGACAGAGAGCCAAAUCAGAUUUGGGUCCUCAAUCGAAUUGCGGAAAAGAGCGUUGAAUAUAAUUGCCCAAUCUAUGUUGCUCAUGUUGAUAAUGAAAAGCUUUCGACAGCCUCGAGUGAGUCGCAGUAUGGACAGCCCUUGCGAGGAGGGGUGUACAUACAGAGCUGA